CUGUCAUUACCUCGUACACCCACUCAGGACGGUGUGUGCAUCCGUGCCCUCCUCACUGGCCUCAAGACUCCUCUUGAUAUCCGACAACUCCGUCGACCAUUGAAAGUACCGCUCUCGACCGGUCGACCCCUGAUCGACAUGGGUCGCUGUUGCACCAUUCGUAAACCACGAGAAGAGGCCCGACUUGGAUGCGACUUUGGCGGCUCCAUUAUUGAGAUUAUUAUUAUUACCAUCACCGGCGUGUUCGGCUUCACCAUCGUCAUGGGUCACCUCUGCGUAUAA